CCACUUUGUCCCGUGUCUUGCUAGCUCAAUACACACCCUAGCGCACAAUGCGCACAUCGGCAACCAGCAGCUGUAUGGCACCAAAUGCAAGCUCCUUGCCAAGCCUCGUUACCGUGCCGGAGCCAUGUAGCAAGAGCGGAGCCGUGCCCCACUUUGUCCCGUGUCCUGCUAUGGGGCUGAAAACAGCCCCUCUACCGCUAAUACUAUCGGCGCUACUGCAGACACUCCUCCAACGUUCAACGACAGCCAACCAAAGUACGCCUUUACCCACUUUUUAUCGUCGUUGUCGAAUUGAAACUGAGAGAGGAUCUGGGAGCCAGAGAGAGCUUGGCAGAGCAGUCACGCAGAAUCCAGAUGUCGCUAGCUAUAGUAGGAAGCCACGUCCCAGUUUCCCCUCAGUUGCGUCCCUCAUUGCCCGGAGUGUGUGGAACGGGUAGCGCACAAGAGCAAACGCAUAUCUGCAACCGGGACUGACAGCACCAAAUGCGAGGGGAGUUUGCUUAUUAUGCAGCAAGAGCGGAGCUGUGCCCCACUUUGUCCCGCGUC